CAGUCUAAGCACCAUGCAGGACUCCAGCCUCUAUGACUUCGUAACAAUAACAGUAUCUGCCCACUGCCCCUACCAUGGAGGACAUGUCUGGGAGGGGUUCUUGCUGUGGCCUCCCAGACUGCAUCAUCAGGUGCCAUCUUCAGCUUGCUGACCUCAGUGCGAUCGAUGCACUUAGAGUUUUUCCAGAGAGGGAGACAACUGGAUCUGAUGCCCACGAAAGCCCAGAGAACGGUUCACUCGGUUUUUCCUAUGAUUUACAACACCCCUUGCACACGAUGAGACAGCCAGCGGCCCCGACCCAGUUGACUCGCUUAGAAGCACAUCGAAAUUUUACUACAUCUUUAUGUGCCGGCUUCCAUACUCGGGGCUCCUCACAACAAGAAACAUAUUCCCAACGAUCUCAUUGUCAUAAGAUUGCGAUCUAUUGUACAACAAGCCCCAUCAACAGAUCAUCAAGCCUUUCCCGGAAAUUAUGCCUCGCUGGGGAAAGUCAUGGACUGUUGGGGGAGGCGACAAGUUCUCCACCUUGUGGGCCCAAGAACGGCGAACCAAGUACAGGGGCUCAUCCUUUGUCCGGGUAGGAGCGCCUAAAAUUUUGUAACUUCCACUAUUGAGCUGACCUUCACUGCUGGUACGAAGUCGCGGUGGACUCAAAUCCCCAAGUACGUCGCGAAAU